CGCACGCGGUCUUGACGCUCGGCUCAGUCCGGUCCGGCUCCUGUGAACAAGCCGCCUCCUCUUCAUCGUGUCUCCGCAGCGGCGGAGGAAUAAGAUGCGGAGCGGAACCGGAUUCCGUAGCCCGGAUCAGCCCCGAACCAGAACCCUAGAUAGACUCUCCCAAUCCUCGGCUCGGCUCGGCCCGCUGACGGCAUGACUGACGGGAGGAGCGCGCGACAGACAGGAGCUCCAGCCGCUGAGAGACGCAGCUAGCCGCGUCAGCUAGCUGCGUCAGCUAGCCGCGUCAGCUAGCCGCGUCAGCUAGCCGCGCGAUGGCCGCGGAGGGAAGCGGCACGAUCCGGAGCCGCAUCAAGAACCUGCUGCGGUCUCCGUCCAUCAAACUGAGGCGGCGGAGCGGCGCGGCGCGGCACAAAGAGGACCUGAGCGGCAAGGUGACCUUGGAGAAAGUUUUGGGAAUCACGGCUCCGGGGAACCGAGCUCUAGCCUGCGACCCGCGGACCGGACUGUUGGCUUAUCCUGCCGGGUGUGUCGUCGUCCUGCUGAAUCCUCGGAAAAACAAACAGCUUCACAUCUUCAACAGCUGCAGGAAAGCCAUCACCACGUUGGCCUUUUCUCCAGACGGGAAGUACGUCGUCACCGGAGAAAGCGGUCACAUGCCGGCGGUUCGGGUCUGGGACGUCUCAGAGCGGCUUCAGGUCUCUGAGCUUCAUCAGCAUAAAUACGGCGUCUCCUGCGUGUCCUUUUCCCCCAACGGCAAGUACAUCGUCAGCGUGGGAUACCAACACGACAUGAUGGUGAACGUGUGGAGCUGGAAGAAAAACGUGGUCGUCUCGGCCAACAAGGUGUCCAGCAAAGUGACGGCUGUCUCCUUCUCGGACGACAGCUCCUACUUCGUCACCGCCGGCAACCGCCACGUCAAGUUCUGGUACCUGGACCACGGCAAGACCUCCAAGGCCAACGCCACCGUCCCCCUGCUGGGGCGCUCAGGGCUGCUGGGGGAGCUCAGGAACAACUUCUUCAGCGAUGUGGCGUGUGGGCGGGGCCGACAGGCCUCCUCCACCUUCUGCAUCACCUCCUCUGGCCUGCUCUGCGAGUUCAACGACCGGCGCCUCCUCGACAAAUGGGUGGAGCUGCGGAGAGUCGACUCUGCGUCCGCGUCUCAGGCCACUUGUCUGUCCGUCACAGACGAGCUGAUCUUCUGUGGUUGCUCUGACGGGACGGUUCGAGCCUUCAGCCCCGUCAACCUUCACUUCCUGUGCUCUCUGCCCCGCCCCCACUGCCUGGGGGCCGACGUGGCGAGCAUGGUGGACGCCAGUCAGCUGUUCUCGGGCCGGCCGGAGGCCCGGUACCCGGACACGGUGGCGGUGACCUACGACCCCGCCAGCUGCUGGCUGUCGUGUGUUUACAACGACCACAGUGUCUACGUGUGGGACGUCCGUGACAUCCGCGACCCCCGCAGGGCGGGAAAACUCUACUCCGCCCUCUACCACUCGUCCUGCGUGUGGAGCCUAGAGGUGUACCCAGAGGAGGGGGGAGGGGAGGCACGUCUCCCCCCAGGAUCGUACCUGUCCUGCUCCUCAGACAACACCAUCCGCCUGUGGAACACCGAGGGACACAAGCUCGUCACCAGGAACAUCCUGAGCCCGGAUCUACAGAAGGUGAUUUACAUGGACGACAACGUCUCCACCCUCCUGGACCCGGACAGCACCUCAGUGACGGGGGGAAACCUGGAGAAGGGGGGGUCAUCGGGCUCAGACGGGCUGCAAACCGACCAGAGCAGAGCGGGCAUUAGGACCCUGAGGGUCAGUCCCGAUGGACAGCACCUGGCCUCUGGAGACCGCAUGGGAGUCCUCAGGAUCCAUGACCUGGACGGAAUGGUGGAGAUCCUGAAUGUUCAGGCUCACGACUCCGAGAUCCUCUGCCUGGAGUUCUCCAAACCAGACACGGGUCUCCAGCUGUUAGCCACAGCCAGUCGGGAUCGCCUGAUCCACGUGCUCGAUGCCGGUAGAGACUACAGUCUGCUCCAGACGCUGGACGAACACUCGUCCUCCAUCACUGCCGUCCGGUUUGCCGCCAAUGAGGGGAAGGUGAGGAUGAUCAGCUGUGGGGCCGAUAAGAGCGUCUACUUCCGCACCGCUCAGCAGGUGGAGGAGGGGCUGGAGUUCACUCGCACUCAUCACGUAGUGAGGAAGACGACUCUGUACGACAUGGACGUGGAACCAACCAGGAAGUACGCAGCGGUGGGCUGUCAGGACCGCAGAAUCCGGAUCUUUAACAUCAGUAAUGGUAAACAGAAGAAGAUGUAUAAAGGCUCUCAGGGAGAAGACGGUACUCUCAUCAAGGUACAGAUCGACCCGUCGGGUCUCUACAUCGCCACUUCCUGUUCAGAUAAGAACAUCAGCAUAUUUGACUUCUACUCUGGAGAGUGCGUGGCCACCAUGUUCGGACACUCGGAGAUAGUCACAGGUCUGAGGUUCAGCAGUGACUGCAGACACCUGAUCACAGUUUCUGGAGACAGCUGCAUCUUCGUGUGGCGUCUCAGUCCAGAGUUGACCAUCAGGAUGAGGCAGCGGCUCGCUGACCUUCGACCUUCCAGCAUCACUCAAACCUCCCAGAAUGCACCUCAGCAAAAAGUGGUGAACCUCAAGUCAACAUUUGGCUUUAGGUGUCUGUUGUUUCCAGAAGCGUCGUCUCCUCGUGUCGUCAUCAUGUCGUCUGACAGUGACAAAGAGGAGGAAGAGGAAGAGGAGGAGGAGGAGUGCCGGAGUCCUUAUAUGGUCACAGCAGGAUGCCUGCCGGAGGAGACAGAAACGUCUGAGGAAAAGUUCGGACAGAAGGGUGCGGCGGGGAAGCGACUCCCCCGCCGCCGCUGGUCCAGGAGGACAUGUAACGGCACACCGAUGGUGAAGUCCAUGUUGGACCUGAGGCUACUGGACUCGUACUGCGACCGACCGGUGGAGCAGCGGGUGGAGCGAGAGGUGGAGACGACACGCCCCGUUGAGGUCAGCCCCCACCCCCGUCGCCCGAGUGGGAUGGGCCAGUGUGUGGGGGAGGGGCUUCACAGGACCAAUCAGGAGCUGGGCAGCACCGUCAGUCUGCAGGUCAACACUGCCUGGGCAGAGGACGGGGAGACAUGGACCAAUCAGAGGCCAGACUUCAUCCCGCUGUCCAAUCAGAGCCCCGACGGGGAGGCUGUGGUUCUGUAUCCCGACCAAUGGGAGGACAGAGUGAGCCUGGCAGGAAGUGAGUUCCAGGUGAAGGAGGCGUGUCCUACUGCUGCAGACAAACAUCAGGACAAACCCAGUCCAGACAGCGGCUGCUCACUGGGAUUCAGCUCCAGGCUGUCCAGUCCAGUGAGACCUGCAGGAGAUGACUCAGAGCCUCUCAGUGUGGAUGGAAACUCCUCUGAGCUGGAGGAGGACGAGGACGGAGGAGGCGCAGCAGGAGGAGGACCAGAUGUCAUGACCUCUCAACUGGUUCCCCAGACUCCAGACCAGGAAGCCUUUCUGAAGGAACACUUUGUAACGCUGGCCAACCUCUCAAAACCAGGAAGUCCAAGCAAAGCUUCUCACAGCUCCAGCGAGAGCAUCAGCAUCUCCUCCAGGUUCCUCUCCCAAAAUCCAGCUGGAAGUCGGACUCUGUUUCCUCUCCCAUCUCGGACCACCCGAGGAGGAGAGGAGGUGAAGGCCCGUCCUCUGGUCUCAGAGGUCCGCCCUCUGAUGGAUGAGAACCAGGACCGGAGGGUCUCGUGGAACCAGGACCAAACCUCCUCAGCUUACGACCAGGCACAGAACCAGCAGGGUGCAGGUCACCUCCAGGUGGCGGCACAGCCGACCCACCGCCCCAACCCACUAAAGAAGAAGGUCCAAACCGCGGUGGAGUCAAAGAGGAAUCUGGGCCCGACGGCCCGAGCCGCCGCCUCACAUCUGAGUUCCUCGUCCGGACUUCGGAAGGCUCAGUCAGUCCAAAACCUGCUGACCGACACAGGUGAUUCGUCCCUCUCGACCUCUUGUCCCCCCACAGAGGGCCGACCUCAGCUGCUCCCUCUCCUGCAGCGCCCCACUACCCUACCGGCCCCUCACACACCCAGCUCCCCCCUACAGGAGGCCGCAAUCUUGCCCACAACUUUGUCUGCUAGCGGCAUCCUGAGGAAGUCCUCCUCCUCCACGCUGGCGCCGUUGCGCUCCUACAUGAGCCCAACGGCGAGCUCCAUGGCCAAAAUGUCUCGCUCCGUCUCAGUGGGCGACGAAAUCAACAUGUCAGACUUUGGCGAGGAGCCCCCAGUGAUAUCAUCUUCAUUGUCGACAGUGACCCCCUCCUCUCAGAUCAAAGACACGCCCCCUCUUGCUGCUGUGGUGCCCUCCAACACUGCUCAGGCCACGCCCCCCCAGGCUGCCAUUGUUCCCGUUGUCGUUGCUGCCUCCUCGUCUCUAAGUAACCAUGGUAACCAGGCGGGCCCUUUCCCUCGUGGCCUCCAGGCCCGGAUACCCGGCAACAGCAGACCGCUCCCUGACAAGCCCUCCCUGACCUCCUUCUCCUCUGUGUGGCUUCCUCCGGGCUCCGCCUCCCCACUGACUCCCCCCCGGCAGGGGGAGGAGCCUCAGACUCUUGCAGGCGGUGGGCGGCAUCAGAGAGCUACCAGACUACGCAGGUUUGGACUUCCUUCAUCCUGUCACCUCUUGGCUCCGCCCCCUCCUCUUCCUCCUGACAUCAAAGCCUUAGAAACGGUGAGUGGCUCCUCCCCCGACCAGCGUCAAAUGGCAGGCAUCCUAUCCGAGGCCUUCCAGGCCAUGAGGGCGGAGCUCAACUGUCUGCCGGUCGGCGCGUCGGCCGUGCUGGGAGCAGGGGGGGGGCUCGGGGAAGUGGGGGAGGGGAAGACGGCAGCUCUGCUGGAGGAAUAUUCUCUGCUGCUGCUGCAGGCGGUUCACCGCAGGAUGGACAAUAUGGAGACGCGCCACUGAUGCUCCUCAUCUUCUCCUCCUCAGCUUCCUGUCCAAUUAUUCCUUCUCUUCUUUCUUACUACUGUCUUCUUAUUUUCUCUUCUCCUCGGACCUCUACCUUCUUGUCUCCUCCUCGUCUCCACAGAUGAAGAUCUGAAUCCACUUUUCUUCGCCUUCUUUAUUUGUAUGCAACAAUCUCUCUCGUCUUAAAGGAACGACUUCCAUCUUUUGGAACCUUUAAGGACAAAAGUUUCUCUUGAGUCGUGUUUUUUUAAGGAUGUUUCAGCACCGAGUGUUUUAUUUGAUAAGAUGAUAUGUUGGACCGCAGAGACAAAGAGAAGAAGACAAACUGUGUAACAUUUUAUUUGAUGUAAAUCUUUGUUCCUGAGUUCACUUGAAACUCAACAACAUUUGUAGUUUGUGUUUAUUCUACUGAUCAGACUCUUUGUCUCCAGAGGUCACACCUUGAUGUUUUUGUAUGGCAUCAAAGCAACACUUUAAUAUUUUAACACUAACAAACAGGUCAAAGUUAAGUUUCUGUUUUUAUCAAAAUGUAAUAAAAGUUUGAGUUAAUUUU